UUCUCUCUCUUGUGCUUCAAAUGCUUAAAAAGCAGCUCUCUCUUGCAGCAGAGCUUCUCAAUAUUCCAUAAAAAAUCCUUACAUUUUCAUUCCCCAUUCUGUUUCUCUCUGUUUUCUUCCUCAAAAGAAUCAUUCCAAUACAGAGAAGGAAUUGAAGAAAAAGAAAAAAGAAAACAAAGAAGAAGAAGAAGAAAAGAAACAGACCCUUUUGUAUGUUACCACAAAUUUGUGUUGGGAAGUGGGAAAAUGUUGAAAAUGUCAAAGAUUAUGGUGAUGUUAUUGGGUUUGUUUUUGUGGGUUUGUUCUUCUGUAAUGGCUUCUGUGACUUAUGACCACAAAGCCAUAAUCAUCGAUGGCCGAAGAAGAAUUUUGAUCUCUGGGUCUAUUCAUUACCCCAGAAGCACUCCUCAGAUGUGGCCAGACCUUAUUCAGAAGGCUAAAGAUGGAGGGUUGGAUGUUAUUGAAACAUAUGUUUUUUGGAAUGGUCAUGAGCCUUCUCCUGGACAGUACUAUUUUGAAGAUAGAUAUGAUUUGGUGAGAUUUGUGAAGCUGGUUCAACAAGCAGGCUUAUAUGUUCAUCUAAGGAUUGGUCCAUAUGUUUGUGCAGAAUGGAACUUUGGUGGAUUUCCUGUUUGGUUAAAGUAUGUUCCUGGGAUUGCUUUUAGGACUGACAAUGGACCCUUCAAGGUGGCUAUGCAAAAAUUCACUGAGAAGAUUGUCAGUAUGAUGAAGGGGGAGAAGUUAUAUCAUAGCCAGGGAGGACCCAUUAUUCUGUCACAGAUUGAGAAUGAAUAUGGACCAGUGGAGUGGGAAAUAGGUGCUCCUGGUAAAUCUUACACCAAAUGGGCUGCUCAAAUGGCAGUAAGUCUUGACACUGGAGUACCAUGGGUGAUGUGCAAGCAAGAGGAUGCCCCUGACCCUGUGAUUGACACCUGCAAUGGGUUUUACUGCGAAAACUUCGAGCCGAACAAGGUUUACAAACCCAAAAUGUGGACAGAAGCCUGGACUGGUUGGUUCACUGAAUUUGGAGGCCCAGUUCCUUAUAGACCAGUUGAAGACUUAGCCUAUUCUGUUGCGAGAUUCAUUCAGAAUCGUGGUUCUUUCAUUAAUUAUUAUAUGUACCAUGGAGGAACUAACUUUGGCCGAACUGCUGGCGGACCUUUCAUUGCCACUAGCUAUGACUAUGAUGCCCCCAUCGAUGAAUAUGGCCUAUUGAGGGAACCAAAAUGGGGUCAUCUGAGAGAUCUGCACAAAGCCAUCAAGUUAUGCGAACCCGCUUUAGUAUCAGUAGAUCCUACCGUGUCAUCGUUAGGAAGCAAGCAAGAGGCUCAUGUCUUCAAGACAAGAUCAGGGGCGUGUGCUGCUUUUCUAGCAAACUAUGAUCCAUCAUCUUCUGCAAGAGUCACCUUUGGAAAUCAUCCAUAUGACCUGCCUCCUUGGUCCGUCAGCAUCCUUCCUGACUGCAAAACUGUCAUUUUCAACACUGCAAAAGUCAAUGCUCCAACUUCUUGGCCUAAGAUGACGCCAAUUAGUUCAUUUUCAUGGCAUUCAUACAAUGAAGAAACUGCUUCUGCGUAUGCUGAUGAUACAACCACCAUGGCUGGGUUAGUAGAGCAAAUAAGUGUAACUAGGGAUGCAACAGAUUAUUUGUGGUAUAUGACAGAUAUAAGGAUCGACUCGAAUGAAGGCUUCUUAAAGAGUGGACAAUGGCCUCUUCUCACCAUCUUUUCAGCAGGCCAUGCUUUGCAUGUGUUCAUAAAUGGCCAACUAUCUGGAACUGUAUAUGGGGGGUUGGAUAAUCCCAAAUUAACAUUCAGUAAAUAUGUUAACUUAAGGGCAGGAGUUAACAAGCUUUCCAUGUUGAGUGUUGCUGUUGGUCUCCCGAAUGUCGGCCUGCAUUUUGAGACUUGGAAUGCUGGCAUCUUAGGUCCCGUCACAUUGAAGGGUCUAAACGAGGGUACAAGAGACAUGUCUGGAUAUAAAUGGUCUUACAAGGUUGGCUUGAAAGGAGAAGCCUUGAAUCUUCAUACCGUUAGUGGAAGUAGCUCAGUUGAAUGGAUGACAGGCUCAUUGGUGUCUCAAAAACAACCCCUCACAUGGUACAAGACAACUUUCAAUGCCCCGGGAGGCAAUGAACCGUUAGCUUUAGAUAUGAGCAGCAUGGGUAAAGGGCAGGUAUGGAUUAAUGGUCAGAGCAUCGGACGCCAUUGGCCUGCGUAUACCGCACGGGGUAGUUGUGGCAAAUGCAACUAUGCUGGAAUUUUUACUGAGAAGAAAUGUCAUUAUAACUGUGGGGAGCCUUCACAGAGAUGGUACCACGUUCCUCGUGCUUGGUUGAAACCGAGUGGGAACAUCUUAGUGAUUUUUGAAGAAUGGGGUGGCAAUCCUGGGGGGAUUUCUUUGGUUAAGAGAUCCUGAUAACACAAAUAAGCUUUCAAUUGAGGCUGCCUACAGCUAAGCUCAACCAUGCCUCAUAUUUCCCUCUAGUUUUACUAUAUACACAUAGAUUUCUCAAAUUAUAUAGUUCAUCUCGAGUUGCUUGCUUGAACCGCUUGCCAAACUCAGGCUAGUAGCUUUGCACAUCUCGGACUGAACACAUACAUAGUGAUCGAAUUCGCAAGAGAAUAAGUGGAGAAGAAUACCAUAAUCAAACACCAUUUUUAUACCAAUGUAGAUAGUGAAGAAGUUUGCUAUGUAUAUAAAAGGAAAAUCCAUUUUUGGGUUCAAUACUUUGAUCCCGGAUUCAGACCCAAAUUUAUUUAUGUGGGAACUUAUGUAAUGAUUCGAUCAUCGGUCGAAGUUGUAAUGUUUGAAUACGAUACAAAUAUUCAAGCAAAGUACACAAUACCAUUAUACUUUUCACAAAAGUGACUUCAAAGUGACCGUAAUGUAUUUCUUAUGAAUGCUCUCCAUUGAUGUGA